GCUAUGAGAGACAGACUAAGCCACCUUCAGGCAUACUCAGCAUCCAGUGUCAAUAUAAGGGAGCUGGGAAAUGCCACAGCAGACUCUUCUUCAAGAAAGGAGCAUCAGAGGAAGACUUCUCAGGAUCAUAACCCUGACUCUGAGAUGGAGGCUGUUUUUGAGGAGGUUCAGAACAUUCGUCGUGAUAUUCAGCUUAUACAUUUGGAUGUGAAGCAUCUUAGCGAGCACUACUCUCAAGUUCAUGCUGAUUUACCAAACUCUGCAACUUUCCAACAAGACACUAAUGGCAUUACUGCAGGCAUCAAGACCCAGGCUGAAAACAUACUGGCACGUCUUCGCACAAUGGAAAAGCAUGCUAAAGAACUGGAGAACAAAUAUGGCACUGACACAGCAAUAUCUCGAAUAGCGAGAACGCAAUAUGCUAAUAUGAGCAACAGCUUCCGUGAUGCAAUGAUGGAAUACAACAAGAUAGAGAUGAGCCACAAGGAGACGUGCAAAAUGCACAUCCAGAGGCAGAUGGAGAUUGUGGGGAGAGGGGUGACAAAUGAGCAGAUUGAGCAAAUGCUGGAGAACAACCAGUGGAACGUCUUCAGUGAAAACAUCUUAAUAGAGGGCAGAACAGCACGAUCCGCACUAAACCAAAUCGAAAGCCGUCACAUGGAGCUGCUGGAGCUGGAAAGCCGCAUUAGGAGCAUCCAUGAAGUGUUUUUGGAUAUAGCCAUGCUGGUAGAAGAACAGGCCUCUAUGAUGGACUACAUUCUUAAUAAUGUCCAGAAAACUGAUGCACAGAUGAAGGGUAUGCUGGGGAAGCUGAAGGAUGCUAAUAAUUAUAAUAGAAAGCACCCAUUUAAAAAGCUGUUUUAUAGGAAAUGUUAAGCUGCACUCAGAUUGUUCAAUUGUUCAGAUUUUGUUUGUUUCUGUGAUUUAACAGCAUUCACAAUUAGCCACCAUGAAAACACAGACUCUGCAUAGCACCAACAAUAAAGGACAUCUACACCCAAACCAAAGCUUGAAUACUCAUCAAGUUCCUGUUAAUUACAGGACUAAAAGCUCAUGUCUGACCCCCACAUAUACUUCCUUGAAAGGUGUCGAUAAGCAGCCCAAACUUUUAGGGAAAUGUCCAUCCAACAAGGUCACAGGUGGUAAACAUGCAUUAAGAAUGGAUAAGAGACUCAUUCUUUAAUUUGUAAGUUAA